AACUUCUUCCUCCAAUUACAUGGGUGAUAUUCUCAAGCACGAAUAAUCAUCAAUGGACCCUAAACAGGCCCUGCGUCACACUUGCCCGUCAUGCGAGAAUAUCGUGGUUGAUCUGACUCAGCUUGAUGGCGUAUUGCUGCGAAAUGGUCGCAUAGAAUGGGAAGGUCGACCUUUGGAUCUUGGGAAGACCGAGCUUUCGAAAACCGUAGCUGAAGCAGCGCAAGACGCCAUCAACGGAUGUGCACUGAUGGCCUACCUUCUACGAAACCAUACUGAAAGCAAAACCCUAGAAUCGAAGCUCAGCAUUUCAGCGAGACUCUCAGAAGGGUUCUGUGAGAUGGACUUCGCAUGGCCGUUGGAUUCCGGACAAUUCGAGAUAUUCGCUUCAUCUGUUUCUCCAGACUCGUCAGAUGAUGUAAAUUCAGCAUUCAAAUAUCUCGUUCCCGCUCCCAACCUUUCUCCAGCGACGCCCAAAGGUUUCCAGCAGGCCCGCGACUGGCUCAUGGACUGCUUGGAAAAUCACACGGCAUGUCAUCUGUGGACUCCAAAGGAACAAAUCAAUUUCAUGCCGACAAGAUUGCUUUCCGUACUCUCGGACUCAGAUGAAAGCGUAGUAAUCAUAAAAUCUGCCGAACUUAAGGAGGUACAGCCGUAUGCUGCGCUCAGCUAUUGCUGGGGAGGUGAUCAAAUAUGCAAAACGACCAUGGGAAAUCUCAGAAACCCUGAAAGACUUAUCAAGGAUCUUCCUUUGACGAUCCAGGAUGCCAUUCGUACGACAAGAGAGAUAGGAUUCACAUACCUGUGGGUUGACAGCAUGUGCAUCAUCCAAGAUGAUGAUGAAGACAAGGAACGGGAGAUCGUGCAAAUGCAAAUGAUCUACUCGUGCGCAGGCAUCGUCAUCGCCGCGACAGCUGCUGAUGCUUGUACCAAGGGGUUUCUGCACCCUCGACAAGACUGUCAGAUGUUCGAGCUUCAAGCCCUAUUUCGAAAAGGCGAAAAGGGGACAAUUGUAGUCGUGCCCAAGGAAGGGAAAGGUUAUCACGAGCCGCUUGCUCGGCGUGCUUGGACGUUUCAAGAGUGUUCCCUGGCGCCGCGGAUCCUGUCGUAUGGUACCCGACAAGUGCGGUUUUUCUGCUUACAACAGCAUUCACUCGCAGGAUCGGGCGACGGAGGUACCGUCCCCCUCCGAUACCGGGAAGAUGCCGGGUUCAUGCACAUCACAGAAGGACUUGCACAAAUCAGCGGAAGUAAGCUCAAGACUUAUUAUGUCUGGCCUUGGCUGCACUACUGCGAGCAAUACUCGCGGCGAUAUUUGACUUUUCCAGGUGACAAGCUAGUCGCUAUCUCAGCCGUGGCUCAGUAUAUCGCAGGACAAAGCCUCUUUGGCAAGUACUUUGCAGGUCUGUGGGAAUACAACCUCCUAGGUCAGCUUGGAUGGAAUAUGUUCACGGGGGAGAUAGCGAUGCGGCCGAAGGAUUAUCGCGCACCUUCAUGGUCUUGGGCUUCUAUCGACGGACGACCAGCUUGGAUGGACGUCCAGCUCGUUAAGGAUAAAGAUUUUACGUGUCGUGUUCUGAAAGUCACCGUCACACCCUCGUCGUCCCUUGCGCCGUUUAGUGCUGUCAAUUCUGCCUCUAUAGACAUCACUGGCAGAAGCAGGGAGGCUAUAUGGCGAAGGAGCGCAGGUAAAUUAUUGGAUUCCGAUACCAAAGACGAGAUUAUCACUACUGAUGGUCCUCGGGCAAAAUAUCGAAUAUAUGCUGACGCGGCGGAUGACUUUUCGGAGGAUGAUGCUCGGGUCGUGCUCUUGGAGAUGAUUGGUCCAAAGACGUCAACACCUAUUUUGCGUCGACUGGGUCUGUCUUCAGGAAACGUGCUGGUGCAGAUAAUGUUACUCAAACAACGCGAUGAUGGCGCCCACUCCCGUGUCGGGAUUCUCAAAUGCUACUCUCAUGUUGGGCUAGUCAGAACACGGGUCACGGCAAAGCACAAAUUGCCCGGUUUCGAGAAAAGAACGUUGACCAUUGUAUGAAGUCAUGGUAACGCCAUAUCGGUAUUUUCUGCGCGCUAUAUAUCUCCGCUUUGCUGACUUAUCGAAACGCAUCACAUCAGUUUCAAGAACGAGCUUUAGCAUUCCGCGAGGUAGUGCCAAUAUCGAAUUUGCGCCCUCCCGCGCUUCACGGACAUUGCAUGUCAAAUGCGUCUCGCUAGCAUGAGUCCGUACCAGCAGAGAAGGCACCAAAAACGCGUUUUGCGCGAAUAGCUCCUGCCGAGUGGCGUCGAUUGAGCACUUUGUGGGAUCUCCAUGGCACAGGUGCAGUAUUUCGAAAAGAGAGGUCGUCUGUGUAAGCCGACAGUAGGAAAAUGACAGCACACGUACGCCA